GAGGUCCAUUGGGCCAUUUUUAUUUUCAAAGGCUGUUGCCGUGGGGACGCGCUGAACACUAAAGAAUUGAAGGCAAAAAUGUCACAUGGCUUCUCCUCAUAAUUCCCUCUCAUUUUGAAUGGCUUGGCAGAUUCCUGCUUUUCUUGCGUUUAGAACGCCAGAUGAGAAUCACAAUGACUUGAGGUGGAAGGCACUCUCGCUGGCUUUCUCUCUGGGCGCCACACGCGGGCGCCACGGCCAUUCAUGUUUUUGGACUACUGCUGUCGAUGUUGUGGAUUCACGCUCAUCAAGCGCCAUGGAGCCGUCUCGCUCAAGACCACGCCCAGUGACACCUGGGUGGUCCUGCAGAACUUGCUGAUGUGCACGCUCUGCUUCUAUUCGCUCUACUACGUGGCGGUCAGCCUCUGCGUCGGACUGCUCAGGGUUCAUGAAAUCAACAGCCUGUUGGCACCGUUUGACUACACCACCCAACCGUCAUGGCAGAACCCAAAAUACCUGGUGGGCGUCAUCUCCACAGAAGUCACCUAUGUUCUGGGAGGGCUGGUGUUUGCUUGGAUCGUGGAGGAGUGGGUGUGGGACUACGCCAUCACGGUCACACUGCUGCAUGUGGCCAUGACUGUUGCAGUGAUGUCGGACUUCCCCACAACCGAGCACUGGUGGAUUGCACUGGGUGAGAUGUUGAAUGUCUUUCGCACCCCCGUGUUGACACUCAUCAAGCGCUCUACGGCUUUUCUCGUUUCAUCCACGUUGACUUACUCGGCAGGCUCGGGGCUGGUGAUGAUGAUAUUCGGAGGGCAGGCGCUGGCCUAUAAACUCUUCAGGAGCAACUUUGUCCACCCGGCCGAGCUGCAGAACUUCUGACGAGGGCUCGGGACGCAUCGCAGCGGACGGAGCAAAGCAUCCGACGACGUUUGCGCUUGUGGUUUUGUAACGUUGCGUGGAAAAUAGCACUCGUCUCGUGUACAAAUGACACCUGGUCAGCUAUAUUAUUUUUCUAUUGUUUAUUCAUUUAGAAAAUGUAUGGAACCAGAUUGUGAUUUACAUGUUACUUGGAAGUAGGUUCGGACAAAUGUGGUUGUUGCAGGCCCAAUAGUACAUGUGCUUUUAUUGGCGUGUACCCGUUAUAUCCGUCAGCACGUAAUGACGUCAUCGGUGUCGAUCGAUUAUUGAAGAAAUUGCGCAGUGACACCUGUGUUCCAUUUGUUGUUGUUGUUGUUGUAAAUUGAGAUUAAAAAAGUUUUUAAGCGCA